AUGGAAGCACAUAAGGGAGGUUUAGCUAAGAAAACUCAUCUCAUGACCCUGCUUGUGGUGAUACUGGGAUUGUGCACCCCUAUUGUUGCCGGCACCAAACAUGUAAGCAUAAAAAACACACUAGGAUCUGGGAAGAACAUGACCCUGCAUUGCCAAUCCAAAGAUAAUGAUCUAGGAAAGCACAUCAUAGCAGAUGGGGAUGAGUUUGGCUGGGACUUCUCUGACAACGUUACUGGAACCACACUAUUUUUCUGUGAUUUGGGAUGGGAAAAAGUUGAGGGGUACCAUUUUGAUGCGUAUUCGUUUGCCAGGGACAUGGUACGAUGCGGUGCUGCUGGAUGUUCAUGGUUAGUAUCGGCUGAGGGCAUUUAUGGCUUAAAUAGACAAACAGGUUACUGGGAAUUCAUAUACCAUUGGCCAAGCUGA